AAUAAAGCCGACGAAGUCUCGAACUCUCACAAGCAGAAACACGCCCGCCACCGUCGAAACCUACAAGAGUUCGCUCUAUCACUCACUCAUCCACUCAUUUUCUGAAACAGCUAAAGCAAAAGAAAAAAUAAUCGAACAAACUAAUGUCAAGUAGCAGUAACAGAAUCAAAAACUAUGAGGACUUCGUCAAAGUCCAUGGUCUGCUAUUGGCAGCCUCCGGCCUCCCUCAGUCACUACACCUUCAGCUCUUCCAGAAACUCACCACUGAGACUUUCGACGGCGGGGCUUUCUUUCAAAUCGAGCCUUGCGGGGACGGACGCCAGCGGCGGCUCCUCCUCACCUCCGACUUCAUGCCUAAACAGUCCAACGUUUUUCUGGUCGACCACGCCUGGACUUUUCGUCUCUCUGAUGCUUAUAAACAGCUGCAGGAGGUUCCAGGGCUUGCUCAAAGGAUGGCUUCUUUGAUGUGUGUUGAUAUUGGUGUUGCUUCAGAUUCUGAAGACAUGGACCUUGUAAAUGGUGUUUCGCAUCAGAAUGGUGUCGUAUCAAAUGUUGAGGAGGUAUUGCAGAGUGAAAUUCGCAGUGCAAGAGAAAAAGAUGACGGCAAUGUAAAGUGGUUGGAACUCGAGGAGCUUAACAUUGAUGAUGACAUGUUGCUGUCUCUCAAUUUGUCUAGUAAAUUUCCGGAUUUACAAGCUCUUAGCCUUUGCGGAAACAAGCUUGAGAAUGUGGAAAUUGUUGUGCAAGAAGUUAUCAAGUUCAAAAACCUAAGGGCUUUGUGGCUGAAUAACAAUCUUGUUCUUGAAAAAUGUGAUCAGCAAAUGGAAGAAGUGAUCAUACAACGAUGCACUGGACUAGAAAUUUUCAACUCACGUUUCACUAGUAAGUUUGGCGAGUGGGCGUUGGGCUUUUGUGGAGAGGUUUAUGUGAAGGAUAAUCCAAGCAGUCUCCAUCAAAGUGACCAUCCCUUGCAAAGUGUGACCUCACUUGACCUUUCAGAUAGAUGUAUUCACAAUCUGAUCAAUAAGGCAUUUUCACCUGCUGAGAUACCAUCUCUUUCGCAUUUGCAUAUUCGAGGAAAUUCAUUGGAGCAGAAUUCCGUUUGUGAAUUAUUGGAACUCUUGAAGGGAUUUCCCAGCUUGCAGUCUUUGGAGGUUGAUAUACGUGGUCCUCUUGGAGAAAGUGCCAUAGAAAUUCUUAAAUCUCUUCCAACUCUUUCUGUAUUAAAUGGAGUCAGUGCUUCUAAAAUUUUAGAAGAUGGAAAACAUGUGAUUGAUUCAAUGCUUCAACCACGUCUUCCCGAAUGGACAACGGACCAUCCUCUCACUGAUCGUGUUCUUAGUGCAAUGUGGUUAUAUUUAAUGACAUAUAGACUUGCUGAUGAGGAAAAGAUAGAUGAAACAUCUGUAUGGUAUUUUAUGGAUGAAUUAGGUUCAGCUUUGCGGCAUAGUGAUAAACCAAAUUUCAGGGUGGCCCCCUUUCUUUUUAUGCCAGAAGGGAAACUGGUGUCAGCUAUCAGCUAUACUAUAUUAUGGCCCAUCCAGAAUGUUUACAAAGGUGAUGAGUGUACUCGUGAUUUCCUAUUUGGUAUUGGGGAGGACAAACAGCGUUCUGCCAGGCUUACGGCUUGGUUCCAUACACCACAGAAUUAUUUUAUUCAAGAGUAUGAGAAACACUGCAAGAAAUUGCAUAUGAAAAAUUUAACCUAUCUGCCUACCAAGUCUUCUACAACGGAACGUUUAUGCUGUGGUGAUGGAUGUGCAUUACGUGUUUACACUGACAUACCUCAAGUUGAAGAAUAUUUGACACGUCCAGAAUUCAUAAUCACGACAGAGCCAAAGGAUGCAGAUAUUAUAUGGACAAGUAUGCAGGUGGAUGAGGACAUGAAAAGAGCUACUGGAAUAACAGAUCAGCAAUACAUAAACCAGUUUCCUUUCGAGUCUUGUCUUGUGAUGAAACAUCAUUUGGCAGAGACUGUUCAGCAGGCGCAUGGGUCUCCUGAAUGGUUGCAGCCUACUUACAAUCUGGAAACACAUCUAUCUCAACUUAUUGGUGACUAUCAUGUACGGAAAAGAGAUGGACAUAACAAUCUAUGGAUCUUAAAACCUUGGAACAUGGCACGGACUAUUGAUACGACUGUUACUGAUGAUUUAUCAGCUAUUAUUCGUCUCAUGGAAACUGGUCCAAAAAUUUGCCAGAAAUAUAUUGAGCACCCAGCGUUGUUCCAAGGAAGGAAGUUUGAUCUUCGUUACAUAGUGCUGGUUCGCAGUAUGGACCCUCUAGAAAUAUUCCUUGCAGAUGUUUUCUGGGUUAGAUUGGCAAAUAAUCCCUAUACUUUAGACAGACACAGUUUCUUUGAGUAUGAGACGCACUUUACAGUUAUGAAUUACGGUAGGAAAUUUAGUCACAUGAACACACCCGAGUUCAUGAGGGAGUUUGAAUGGGAACACCAGGUUAAAUGGUUAGAUAUUCAUCAGAAAGUAAAGAAUAUGAUCAGAUCUGUGUUCGAAGCAGCUGCUGUUACACAUCCAGAGAUGCAGUGUUCAAAGUCUAGAGCCAUAUAUGGUGUGGAUGUAAUGCUCGAUAACUCUUUUCAACCAAAGUUAUUGGAGGUAACUUAUUGUCCAGACUGUAUGAGAGCAUGCAAAUAUGAUACAGAAGCUGUAGUUACAGGGGAAGUGGUUAAAGGUGGUGACUUCUUCAAUUAUGUCUUUGGUUGUCUUUUUCUUAAUGAAACUGCUCAUGUAAGUCCAAUAUAAUUUAGCUGUAGGGGUACACUCAUUUAUAAGUAUUGAGAUGUACAAUUGGGAAUCAUUUGUCAUAUAUUUUGGGCUUAUUCGUCAUUAAUGUUUCUUUUCUGGAAGAUUUUGUAUUGUUGGGUUGCGGUUGUAAAAGUUCAUCGGUUUUUCUUGUUGAGUAA